GCGAGUGUUUGUGGGUCCAGACAAAACAAAAACAUUUUCAAUUUGGUAACCCUACGAAUUAGGAUCCUCUACUCCUCUCUCCUCUCCUGUUCUUUGAGGGACUGAGAAAACCAACACAGCACUUGUUGCCGCCGCCGUUAUCACCACUACAGUACCCACAAUGGCAGAUGGUCAGGAUACUGAUAGAAACAUUGAGAUAUGGAAAAUCAAAAAAUUGAUCAAGGCAUUGGAAUCUGCCAGAGGCAACGGUACCAGUAUGAUAUCCCUUAUAAUGCCUCCACGCGAUCAAAUUUCUCGGGUCACAAAGAUGCUUGGUGAUGAGUUUGGAACUGCUUCAAACAUUAAGAGUCGGGUCAACCGUCAGUCUGUUUUGGCUGCUAUUACUUCUGCUCAACAGAGGUUGAAGCUUUAUAACAAGGUUCCCCCAAAUGGACUUGUGCUUUAUACUGGGACAGUUGUUACUGAAGAUGGCAAGGAAAAGAAAGUUACAAUUGAUUUUGAGCCAUUCAAGCCUAUAAAUGCCUCAUUAUACCUCUGUGAUAACAAGUUCCACACUGAAGCUCUGAAUGAACUCUUAGAAUCUGAUGAUAAGUUUGGCUUUAUUGUCAUGGAUGGAAAUGGCACUCUGUUUGGCACAUUAAGCGGAAACACAAGAGAGGUGCUCCAUAAAUUCACUGUUGAUCUACCUAAGAAGCAUGGAAGAGGAGGACAGUCAGCUCUCCGUUUUGCACGUCUUCGGAUGGAGAAACGUCACAACUAUGUGAGGAAGACUGCUGAGUUGGCCACUCAGUUUUUUAUCAAUCCCGCUACUAGUCAGCCUAAUGUUGCUGGGCUAAUACUUGCUGGUUCAGCUGAUUUCAAGACUGAGCUGAGCCAAUCAGAUAUGUUUGAUCCUCGAUUGCAAGCCAAGAUAUUGAACGUUGUUGACGUUUCAUAUGGUGGGGAAAAUGGUUUUAACCAAGCUAUUGAAUUAUCAGCUGAAAUCCUAUCUAAUGUAAAGUUCAUACAAGAGAAACGUUUGAUUGGGAAAUACUUCGAGGAAAUCAGCCAGGAUACUGGAAAAUACGUUUUUGGUGUGGAUGACACAUUAAAGGCUCUGGAAAUGGGUGCUGUAGAAAUCCUUAUUGUGUGGGAAAAUCUGGAUAUCAAUAGGUAUGUACUGAAAAACAGUGUUACCGGUGAAAUUAUUAUAAAGCACUUGAACAAGGAUCAAGAAGCUGAUCAGAGCAACUACCGAGACGCCGCCACUUCUGCAGAGUUAGAAGUUCAGGAAAAGACGUCUUUGCUCGAGUGGUUCGCCAAUGAGUACAAAAAAUUUGGUUGCACACUUGAAUUUGUCACCAACAAAUCUCAGGAGGGAUCACAAUUUUGCAGAGGUUUUGGUGGAAUUGGAGGUAUACUUCGCUACCAGCUUGACAUAAGAUCAUUCGAUGAAUUAUCUGACGAUGGAGAAGUUUAUGAGGAUUCUGAUUAGAGGAACAAAUGCUUACUGCUGAUGCAGGAUAAUUGUGGAAGUAUGUACCAAUUUGUGAUGAGUUUUUGUUGCUAUUGCCAUGUGAGAUCCAAAACAUAAUUUCAGAUGUUUACUGUUUUGACAUUUUGCUUAUUUUAACUACACGUCUAUUGGAUA